AAUCCAUUACUAAUUCACAAUCGGCUACAAGGACUUCAAGCUCAGCGCCAGGAACCUUCCUCGUAACCACUGUCAUGAUGUCAUCCCAACAAGUUUUAAUGGAAGGAAACCCAGGAAAACUUACCAAGAAAAUAAUUUGAAGUUGGGUGCCAAAUCUACAUUACCCGUGAAAAGAUUUCCGUUUUGAAUUUUCAUCUGGGAUCAAGCAUGGCAUCCUCUUCAUCACAUGUGAACAUAAGAAAUCUGACCACAUACCGGCCACUAUAUAAAGCUAUUCUCAAGGGCGACCUGGAGCCCGUUAAAAGCAUCUGCAGUGGUGAUCCACUUGCCUUGGAGGCUAGGAUCACUGAAAAUUUGGACACUGCUCUUCACAUAGCUGUUGGGACUGGAAUGGCCAAUCACAUUGUCAUGUAUUUGAUAAACCGGAUGUCAAGACUCCAGUUGGGCUUGCAAAAUUCCAAUGGUGACACUGUCCUCUCUAUUGCCGCAAUUGUCGGCAAUACCAGAGCGGCCAUAAUGAUAGUGAACAAGCAACCAAAUUUGCCUCAGAUUGGAAACCGUGAUGGGGGGGUCCCUCUGCUUGAGGCAGCUCGCCAUGGCCAAAAGGAGAUGAUUUCCUAUUUAUUAGAAGUCAAUGGAGAUUAUUUGCAGGCAGCUGAAUAUUCUGCUGAUAAACCUGGUGUUUUCUUUAUGAAUCUUCUUGUUCUUGCUGGGUUCUAUGACUUGGCCCUGGAAUUGGUUCAAAGUCAUCCUCCAUUAGCUAGAGUUGAAUAUUAUGGUGGUGAAUCGCUUUUGAGUGCAAUGGCAUCAAAACCAUCCGCAUUUCCUAGUGGUAUACAACUCGAUUUCUGGCAUCGCUUAAUUCAUUGCUGUGCUCCAAUCAAGUUAAAUUCCGGAGGCAAACCCAGUGCUGUAGAUGUAGAGAAUCCGCAACAUCAUCAGCUUGUAACGGGAUCUCCACUUCUGCGAGCAAGAAAUUCUGUGGUCGAAACAUUGGUGAGGCUCUCAUGGAGAAUCCUUGCAAUGUUAGUUCCCCCCAUGAAGGGUAUACGGGACGUAAAAUUGAUGCAUCACCAAACACUUCAACUCAUCAAAUGCCUAUGCACUGAAAUUGCAUGUCUGGAUUAUGAGAAAGCUUCCAUGAUGCUUAGAAGACCGUUUCUUCUGGCAGCAGAGUUGGGGAUUUAUGAAAUUAUGGAAGAAAUAAUGGAGUCAUUUCCUCAUGCUAUUUGGUUUUCAGAUAAUGAGAACCAUAACCUAUUUCAUAUUGCAGUAAUGAACCGUCAAGAAAACGUUUUCAACCUUUUAUAUCAAAUUAGUGACUACAAACAUCGACUCUUGGUCUCUGAAGAUAUUUUUGGUAACAAUAUCUUGCAUUUGGCUGGAAAAUUGGCACCUCAACACCGACUUAAUCUCAUUUCUGGUGCAGCUCUUCAGAUGCAAUAUGAAUUACGUUGGUUUAAGGAAGUGGAGAAGAUUGUACAACUUGCCUGCAAAGAGGAUAAAAAUUCUGAAGGAAGAACUCCUGCAAUGUUAUUUACAGAGGAACACAAGAGAUUAGUAAAAGAAGGUGAGAAAUGGAUGAAAGACACAGCAAGCUCAUGCACAGUUGCAGCAGCACUAAUUGCUACAGUAAUCUUUGCUGCAGCAAUCACAGUACCUGGCGGAAACAACAAUGACGAUGGUUAUCCAAUCUUCUCCAAACAAAAAUCAUUAUAAUCUUUGCAGUAUCAGAUGCACUCUCCCUCUUUUCAUCAGUAGCCGCCAUCUUAAUGUUCUUGUCCAUUCUCACAGCACGAUAUGCAGAAGCUGAUUUUCUUUAUUCUCUUCCCAAAAGGUUAAUAUUCGGUCUAGUUACUCUGUUCCUCUCCAUAACAUCCAUGAUGGUAGCCUUCAGUGCCACACUUUAUCUAGUCUUUUGCAACCGAAAGGCAUGGAUGCUUAUUCCAGUGGGUGCCUUGGCUUGUUUGCCAAUUUCCUUGUUUGUGUCGCUGCAAUUUCCACUUCUCGUAGAUAUGAUCUAUUCCACAUACAAACCUAGAUUUUUUGGUAAGAAAAGCAAAUGCAUGCUACACUAGUUUAGCACAGAGUGAGAGAAUCUUUUGCGCAUAUUUACUUGUACCAACAUCCACAAAUAAAGGAAAUAAAAUCAUCACAUUUUUUUCCUA